GCACACCUCCACAAAAAGUCAACUGUUCAAAAUUCCGUUCUAAAAAUGUCCACCUGGACAUGCACCCAGUGCGAAACCCUCAACCCCCUCGACACAACAACCUGCAACACAUGCACAUUUCGCCGCCCCCGCAAAAAAUCCCACAAACAACCCGACGACGAACUCGUUGAUUACCACCUCCAAAAACAAAUUGAAGAAGCCCGUCGAAAAUCCCUUGCAGACGUCCCGCUCCCCCGUCCCGCUGAAUGUCUAGUCGAAAUCACAAAAGAUGGCACGGCGGUUCCUGUAGCGGGUUGGGAAGUCAAAACGAAACGUAAAACAACGAAACGGAAUUUGGAAACCGAUACAGAUGACGAUAGAGACGCUAAAUACUCUGAGCGGACUCGGACAAGGUUGAGAACCAAAGACCGUGAAUCCCAAUCAACCCGUCCCAAUGAUUACCCUACACGUUCAAAAGUAGCCCAACGCUCAAAUGAGCUUGAGGCCGAUACCCUUCGCAAACGAUCAACACAAUCAAAACAGGAUAUACCCAAAGCCGCCGACAAGCGCAAAACAAGUUAUCGGGACCCUCCUUUGGUAUCUAAUCAGUGUACCAAACAAUGGGACGAAAGCGGAGGUCCUGUGGACCAGUUGUAUAAAGUCACUUGUGGAAAUGUAACGAUUAUGGUGGGGUUGAAUGGGAGGAAUGCUAAACAGCCGUGUUGAGCUUGCUUCUUGAUGGGCACUGUAUAUAGUUUGAAAACGAAUCCACAACAUGUUGAAAAGUUGUUUAAAAACAAAAAAAGAAGCGAAAACGCACACACUGGCUAUCAAAACAAAAACCAAACAUGCCCGAAUAUGUAUUUUUUUUUUGGAGGUUCUUUUGCUA